CCAGCCAGCAGAAGCAGCAGCAUGAGCUUGAGUCCAUACGCCCGUCCUCUCCCGUAUGGAGGGUGGGCUCUGUCCUUGACCAUCUUGCUAGGAGGAUUCUUUUGGGCCAGGGCGGAAGGAAUUUCGGUAGCAGGCAGCAGCCACAGAGAUGGCCAAGCAAACAGGAGACAGACGCAGGAGGGUGACGAGGAGGAACAGCCGGAAGAAACGCGCUCAGCACACCGCACGUCCUCCUCCGCGUACCAGACAGACCAGGAGGCGGACCGAGCACACCAGCAGCAGCAGAAAUCGAGGCGAAGAUACAGCAACCAGAGAAGCCUGUUCGCGAGAGUACGACCCACGCCAUUGUCGCUAACGCCGCCAUUACCGUGGCAAACGACAGCAGCAGCGGUAGAUGGGGAGGAAACAUACAUUCGUCGAGAUGCAGCACCCGCAGCUUUGUCGGGAUUUUGCGCCGCGGCUGCGGCCGCUGCUGCCUCCAGCGCGACCCGAAAGCCGCACUUCAACCACGUGGUUGAACCGACGGACCGUUGGCGCUUGGAGAGAGAAGCGUUUAGGGUGAAGGUGCACGAACACGUUGACCGGGAGUUGGAGAGGAUGGCUACACAAGCUGCAACCGCACUGGCGGUCGUCACCGAGGCAGAGGAAAGAGGUAGCGUAAUGUAGAGCGGAGUUAGAUGCCGGGGCAGGGCGCGGCGUCGACCUACACCAGUAACGAGUGGCACUUCAUGUGGUUUGGUGGCAUCAGUGCUUGUCCGCCCUAGGUUGCAGAAAAGAGUCAUCAAGGGGUACAACGAUGACGAGAGCAGCAUCAGCUGUGUGGUCCCCAGAAUCCGGUGCGUUCUAGAACUGCGAAAUUGAUGUACAUUGGAGGUGGAUAUUGAAUGCAAAGAGUAUUGGAUUUUGAUGUUUCGUCCUUCCCCUCCUGGGAGACAAUUCUGAAGCCCGGUAGGGAUGCAGUUUCUGUCUGCGAAUAUUUCAGACCUACACUCGAUUUUGACCCCACGUCUUUGGCCCAAGUUACGCCGCAUUUCCGUUUUUCACCUGGUUUUAGAGCCGGGGAUCUCCAGUUCUCUCAAAGCAAGUUGAUUUUUCCGUCGAUGUUCUCGAGAUUCCUCCGUCAGAUUUCCAAGUGAGGUGGAAUAGUUGUGUCUGCUGCCCCCGUCCGGCUCUCCUCCAAGUUUCGUGCAAACCGAUGGGCAUUGAGAAACAAACGUGUCUCCAUCGAUGAAUUGUGCGCAGAUCUCCUCGGUGCCACAACGAACCGACACGCAUAUUUUUCAAUCGAUAUUUUUUGCAACCCCACAGGACCCGCUCCACGGCAACAGGGUUUAGACUCGAAGGCGUGGACAAGGGGGCGGAAACUAUUCAGCAAAUUCCCGGAAGAACAGUGAAUAGCACCCGAAAACAAUUGUGACCAAGCGCGGGCGCCGUGUUGUUCCCCGUCGUGCGCUGGGCCGCCUGUCGCAAGCACCUCACACCGCCCAAUCCGCUCCCCUCCGUGCCAAUAACAGAUUGCACAGCAGACCACAACGACGUACAACCCAGACAACAGAUCAGAGGCCUUAAUUAUUUGUCAGACACGUCCAACAGGAGCGAGUGUGGACAUAAUACAUGUCGCUGCUGUCACACGGGAACAACACACGCAGUCAGACGCACAACAUAUAUUUGUUGCACACACACAUGCGCAACUCGCUUGCUGCACCGUUUUUUGCCGUUUUCGCCAAGAUACAUGCCAUCCCUCCCCCCUCGGCCUGCUCCCCGGCCGGGGCCGAAAUCGACCUGUUAUAGUGAGUCCCUCGCGGGCGAACCAGGCCACAACAGAUAGUCGGCGGGUGGUGUCCCAAGGUGCAACUCACCGCCGCGCUGGCUCAGCGUGGCGGUGAGGAUGCACAGACGGUGGUAGUGGCGAGAGGUGUGUAUGGACACUGUUCCUGCGACAGUAAUGCAAAGCGGCAAACUGCACCUGGCAACCACCGUCGCGGAAAGCGUGGCCCACGAAGCUGGAGGAGUAGGAGAUUCGUAAACACCACGUCAGUAAGCACCGCUCGCGGGAGAAGGGAGACAACCGCGGGCACCGCGGGGAGGGAGUGCUGCACCCUCGUCGUAAAAACACCACAGGCAAGAACCGAGCUCUGCAGAGACGGAUUGAUGCGAGGAAAUUCGCCGCUCGGAAAAUACGGAAGAAAGCACACCCGCAACGCGAGGCGGACCGAGAGGGACACGAGACCGCAGCGGCCGUCAAGGCGGCCGCGAAGAAGACGGCACGAGAGGGCGAUCUAUCGUUCGGCACGCUCAACGUA